UUAGAGUUGCAGAAUCAGGUGAGUAGACAUUGGCGUUAAAAUGCAGGUCAGCAUGUAUAGUGUUAUUGAAAUGUAAAGCAGGCUGAAUAAUCUUGUGCUCCUGAGAUGCUGCUUGGCCUGCUGUGUUCAUCCAGCCUCACAUUUUAUUAUCUUGGAAUCUCCAGCAUCUGCAGUUCCCAUUAUCUCUGAAUAAUCUUGUUUUCCCAUGAAUGUUCUGGCAAAGGAUCAAGCCUGUGGUCUGUUUGAGAGAGAGAAAGCUGAAGGAGAUCUGUUUUCUAUCAUGUCGUCUAGUGAUGGGUUGUUACCAGCAGAAAAACGUGAAAGUGAAGAUGAAGUGAUAUUUGUGAGCGAGCAGCCAUUAAGGCCAGUGUUGGAAUGUAUCGAUCUAUUGAGUGAUGAAGACAGUGAAGGAAACAGUGCACAGAACAGGAAACAACAGAAACCAAAAGAUCACAUUGAUUGGCAAAAGGAAAGAGUUCUGUCAACAUUGGAUCGACUGGCACGUCAUGUGGAAGUUGAAAAGCAGCUGAAGGAAGAGAAGUGCAAAGCUUUCCAAGAGAAGGUGGAUUCACAGCAUGCUCACGGUAUGCAAGAGUUGGAAUUCAUUCAAGGACAACCUGCAACUGAAGAAGCAAGAAGAUGUGUUGACGGAUGGCUUAAAGUACCAGGGCCAAAGCCUGGGGUUGUCAGUUUUGGUCGUAGAGGAGAUAGAAGACACACAAAUGCACCAGUGACUCCUGAUCCCAUUGACUGCCCAAUAAUGAACUGCAACAGGAAGUUUGACAAUAGGCAUCUACUGUUAGGGCAUUUGAAAAGGUUUGACCAUUCUCCAUGUGAUCCCACGAUUACACUUCAUGGAUCUCCAUCCACUUGGUACAGUUGUGUUGCAUGCUGUCAACGAUUCAUAAACCUACAGAAAUAUGAAGAGCAUUUGGCUUUAAAGGUUGAUUCACCGGAUCAUGAAGGUCAUCAGCGUGACCUUGAACCUCAGGUUACUCAGUGCUUCGCUUGUCCAAGCUGCUACCUCCUUUUCAAUUUAAGAGAUGAAUGCUUGCAGCACAUGGCCAAGACAAACCACUUCCUUCAAAGACACAAAUUGAGUGGUGAGCAGGGAACACGCUGCCCUCUUCCUUUCCCUAACUAUGCAAAAAAGUUGUUGAUUUCUUUGUGCCAGGAGGUUCCUUUCCAGGUGAAAUGUACAGCUUGUCAACAAAUGCUCCGCACGCAUGUGGAACUAACAGCACAUUUCAGAACGCGAUGCAGAAGGGCUGGCCCUGUUGCUGUGUCCACCAAGGAUAUUAGCCAAGUUGCUGUAAUAUUUAAAGUGAGGGGCUGCUGUCUGGACUGUCGAAAGUUGUUUGUGGAUGACAAUCAGAUCAAUCAGCACACUCAGCAAACCAUGCAUAACAUCCGGUGGAUUCGCACCAUGGAGAAGGCCAUCUUGGAGUUCUGUCACUUCAAUGAGAAAAGCAAGACUCCCUCUGAUCUCCGUAUGCUUUUGGAUCAGUCCAAGGCCAAGAAGAACUCUCCGUUCAAAAGACCUCUGGCUGAGACAUGUUCCAGUGAGGCUGACACACCCAACUCCAGCAAGAGGACCAAGAGAGAAGGCAACAGCGUGCAAGUCAAAGAGGAAAAGGUAGAGGGUGAUAGCCACUUUGGAGCCAGGGUGUGGUACUGUGAAUGCCACCAGCAGUUUGACAAUGAAGAAGCAGUGGAGAAACACGUCAUGGUAGCCAAUGGCAUUCUCCACAAGUGCUUGGUGUGCAGCAAAUUGGUGCUUGACGCUGGAAUUAUCGGCUUACACAUGAGCCGUAGUCAUGGGGGUGCCCAUUUGACCAACUACCGUUUCUGGUGUGAACGCUGCCGUACAGAGAUCCUGAGGAAAGAGGAUCUGAUGGCUCACAUUGUGGAGUGCCACAGUGGCCAUGCUUACUAUUACGAGAAGCAGGUGGAUAAAGAGGAGUUGGUUUCUUUUGAGCCUUCUUCGUCCAAAUCGGCAUGGAACUCAGCGGAUUCGACAGGCAAAGAUGGUGACUGGCUGCAGCUGGAUCCAGGUAGCCCUGAGCCAGAAGCUGUUGUGGCCAGUGGCUCCUGGCAGUGUCGGUUGUGCGAAGAGAUGUUUGAUUCAGAGGAUAGUGUCGCCCAACAUUGUCGCUGCCUGGCAAACCACCAGUUUCAUAAAUACAGCUGUGGCUUGUGCAAAAAACACUUCCACAGAGUGGAAACCUUGUACCGUCACAGUCGUGAUCAGCACAACAAUGAGCUGAAUGUCAAGUACUUCUGUGGAUUGUGUGAUGACAUCGAGUUUGACUCAGAAGGUGAAUUUCUUGAGCAUUACAAAAUUUUCCAUAGCACUGAUUACGUUUUUGUGGAGCAUGGCGAUGCUGUGACCACAAAAGGGGUGGAGGAAGAAGCUCCAGAGGAAUAUUCACUGAUGUCCUGUGGGUGUCGGCUGCACUAUGAAUCCAAAAAGUUAAGGAAGGAGGACAGCCGCAAGUGCUUGAAGCACCUGUUUGAACAAGGGAAGCUCUGGUUUCGCUGCUCAUGUUCAGCAACAACCCAAUCUCAGGAAGACCUCCAGAAUCAUCUGGAAAAAUGCCAUGGGAUGAGUGAGGCAGACACCAGGUCCAUUACAAUCAAGUGCAUUUGCAGCAGGGCUUUCAAUGACUGUGAAGGUGCCCAUAUGCAUUACCACAGUAAGCACUGCUCUGCUGUGGAGCAGCAGGCAGCUGUUUCCUCAUCGGUUGAUGGUGAAGCCACUCUCCCUAAUGUGACCACGUUAUGCAGCAAUGCCAAGGGAGCAUCACAGGAUGAAAAUACAGAGCCUUCAUCCAGCCGUGAGGCCCUUCCAACAACCGCAGAAAAGGAAGCCAUAAACCAGGAAGAAGACAUAGAGUUGCCUGACUUGGACCUACUACGCACAAUGACGCAUCUUGUUUUCAUCGAUUUGGAUAACUGGACGGGCUUUUUCAACCAUUUACCAGGACAUCUUAAUCAAGGCACUUUUUUCUGGGGAUUUCAAGGUGGAAAGACUAAUUGGAAACCACCAGAAAACUGUCCUGUCUACAAUUUUCUCGUCAACACUGGAUGUUUCUUCCUUCAUCCGCGAUGCAGCACUAGGAAGGAUGCUGCUGAUUUUGCCAUCUGCAUGCAUGCUGGCCGUAUGGAUGAGCAAUUGCCAAAGCAUAUCCCUUUCACCAUACUCUCCGGAGACAAGGGCUUCGAGGAAUUGAAGAAUCAGUUUAAGAAAACGAUGCGUCCCGGCCACGUUCUGAACCCCCACCAGAUGGAAGGGGAACUGAUGUGUGCCUUACUGAAUAGUAUAUCAGAUAUUGGGAAAGACAGUGAUGAUGAAGAUGAGGUCCUCCAGAAAACACUGGUAUUGAGUUUGCAGGAGGCUACGGAAAAGCAGCAAACAACCCAAGAAGAUGCUAUUGUCAAAGAAGCCAUUUUGCGGAGCCUGGAGGAACAAUGAAUUAGGGACUCGUGAUGGAAGGGAGGAGUGAAAACACACCCCAGUUAUCCAAAUCAACAAGAGUGCAGAGAUGUCAAACAAACCAUGAGGAACAGAAGAAAAUGUGCUUUAGCAUUCCUCCUAAGAUGGAGAACUGCCUUUCUUUACCCGAUCUUUCUGCGGCUGGGAAGAAAGAUUGCUCUUUCAUGGCCCCUCAAAGGAUAAAGGACAAGAUUCCUUGUAUGUGAUGGGAGAAUGGGAACCUGCAGAUGAGGCAGAGUGAGCACAAGAUUGGAAUAUCUGGUUGCUGUGGCAGUUUAUGCAGAUAACUGGUUCCAACACAAGAAGCGAACAGUGAGGGCUUGAUCUGAUAAGUAACAGUUUUUCAAGUCCUAUCACCUUGCGCACCCUUAAAUGAUGCUGUAGCAACUAAGCACGAUUGGCGUUUGGGGGUUCAGUAGAGAAUAUCUGUACAUGCAGAGAGAUGUAAGCAUGAUUUAUUCAAGGAUACAGCCAAUGGAGGUGAGCUCAGCAACAAGUGCUUCAUCAAUAUUUUAUUUUCUACUCUAUUUGUCAAAUAACAAAUUUACAAAAUAGAGCAAGUUUUUGAACAUGUAUAAUAAGAAUAUGAAAACACAGGAAAAAUAUGUUUUUUGAAAAAGGUUGUUAUAAAUUGUGUAAUGAGAGGUUUGGAAAUGGAGCAGGGAGAUCAAAGCAGUAAGUUCCUGAAUUGGAAUGUUGGUAUUACACAUUAAC